AUGUUUGGCGCAUUGCUCGCCGUCUGGGGGGUGAUUGUCGAGGUGGUAUCUUUCUGGCGCAAGAAACUGUUCGGAUGGUACACUCGCAAGAACCCGAUCGACCUGUGGCUCGAACUUCUUCGUCAUGCGGAAGCCUUUGAAGACUGGGAGGAAGCAGCUUUACACCUAGAUAACUUGCUCGGUCUUGACCUAUGGCGGAAUAACCCAACUUCAAAGUACUAUGACUGGAGACUCAUCACGGAACGACUCAACUCGCUUGCCAUAGCCAGGGAGGACAAUGACUUUCAGCAGCUUGUCAAUCUGCUGCGAUCCGGUCUCGUUGCCGAAACAGUUGAAGAUAUAAGCACACUACCUACCAAUGCAUCCGCCGCGGUCCACUCCAUCGGAGGCUCGUUGACGAACCAGAUGAAACUCGACUUUAUCCACGACACGCGACAGGCUUUCGGUCGAAGCUCUCUCGUUCUGCAAGGUGGCGCCAUCUUUGGCAUGUGCCAUCUCGGCGUUGUGAAGGCACUGUUUCUGCGUGGACUGCUACCGCGCAUUAUAACGGGAACCGGAACCGGCGCCCUGAUUGCUUCGCUCGUGGCCAUCCACACGGAGGAGGAGCUGCCUGGUGUACUGAACGGCGAUGGCAUUGACUUGAGCGCCUUUGCUUCAAGAAACAAGCUUUCAGAUGGCUCUGAAUCUCCACAGACAUUCAAAUCAAGAUGGAGUACGCUGGUACGACGCAUACGCCGCUUUUCUCGAGAAGGCUACUUUCUCGACGUUUCGGUGCUCGAAGACUGUGUCCGCGCCAAUGUCGGAGACUUGACGUUCGAGGAGGCCUAUAACUAUAGCAAACGAAUCUUGAAUAUUACAGUCGCAACAGAAGGACAAGGCGGGGUCCCCACGCUACUCAACUACAUCACCGCUCCUAAUGUGCUUAUUUGGACUGCUGCUGUCGCAUCUAAUGCAUCAUCAGCGGCCUUGUAUGGACGGAGGAAAGCAACCAUUCUCUGCAAAGACGCGCACGGCAACGUCGGACCUUGGGCUCCUGCCAACACGACAGACUUUCAUCACUGGUCUCACAUGUCGUACUCGGACCGCGACUCGCCCCUUCAACGCAUUUCGGAACUAUUCAACGUUAAUCAUUUCAUCGUCAGCCAAGCUCGGCCGUAUUUGAUUCCUUUUCUCCAGUCCGACAUGCACGGGCCAUCUCUCGUUGAAACUCGAAGCAAAACGACUCAGCUAUCAGCCUCGUUAGUGCGCAUGGUUGGUCUUGAGGUUCGGCAUCGCCUCCGUCAGCUUGACACGCUCCGCUUAUUGCCUGGAAGCAUAAGGCGCUUCCUUGUCGACGAGCAGAUUCCGGCCGCAGCCAUGACCCUGGUUCCUGAAGUUACUGCUGGUGACUUUGUGCGACUGUUGGAAACGCCGACACGGGAGGCGCUCAACUACUGGAUACUGCGCGGUGAGAGGAGCGUGUGGCCUGCGGUUGCUGCUCUGCGUAUACGCUGUGCGGUUGAAAAUGAACUGGACAGAUCUUAUCAAGCAGUGCGGCAGCUGAAAGCGGGCGAUUUACGGAGGAAAGGAAGCAUAUCUGCGGCUGGUGAAGUCGGCCGACCGAAUAUCUGA